AUAUAUUGGCAGGACAAGUGAUAUCCAUCAGGCCCCGAGAUGGACGCGAAGAAUUUCGCCAGGCUGAAGAAGCAGUUGGCCAAGGAGCCAAAAAAGAAGGAGGCUGGGUCACAUAAGCCCGUUGAUGAAUUCUUCCGCAAGGAUGAGGCCGCCCAGGCCCAAAUCGCCGGGACCCCCUCCAAAGAUGCCCCCGAAGCUGGUGCCAUCAAAACCGAGGUGGCAAAGAGGAAAGCGCCCGGCAAAGGCGUCGUUCCCGAAGGCAAGAAAGUUAAGAAGUCUGUCAGUGCGAAGGGGGAGCCGGUGGUUUUAUCCGAAGGUCAUUCCUCUUCCGGCACGCCGGUGGUGAUUGCUACUGCCAACGCUCCCUCGGGUCGGGGGGCUGAAUUGACAUGGCCUACGGAGAACGUGCAAUUCUCCAUUACGAAGGGGACCGCCAUUAUGCACGGCACCCUCAACCCGAGGGAGUUUUUAAAUGGCGCCACUCCCCCGACGGAUAAGUCGGUGCUGUCCAGGAUGAAGGACGAUGCCCUCGGCGGCAAGAUCCUACAAGCUUCCGUCACUGCUGCCCUCGGACUUGGUGAGCUCCUCAAGAGGUUGGAGGAAUCACAGGCCCAGAAGCGGCAAGCCGAUGAGGCCCUGGCAGAGUCCCGGAGGCAGCUUCGUGAGGCCCGGGAAGCCCUUCGGCUGGAACAAGAGGCCUUCAACCAAAUCCUUGAGAAUAGCAAGGUUAUUGCCAGAGCCGAGGGGAAGGCGGAUGCUGAGAGGGUGGCUGCUGAGGAGGCCCGGGAAGCCCUUCGGCUGGAACAAGAGGCCUUCAACCAAAUCCUUGAGAAUAGCAAGGUUAUUGCCAGAGCCGAGGGGAAGGCGGAUGCUGAGAGGGUGGCUGCUGAGGAGGCCAAGAAGGUUGCUGACAAGGCCGAGGAGGAAAAACGGGAGGCUAUCGGUCAGGCGAAGAAAGAUGCCGUUUCUGAAUUUGUCGCUGGGGGAUGGAAAUCCGAGGGCCACAAGCAGUGGAUAGCCUCGGUAAUCGAGGAAAGCGUCGACGGCUGGGUCGGUGGCCCCGGGGCGAUGUGGCUAGCUCAGAAGGGGAAGAGCUAUUACGAAGGCGGUGAGUACUUCACCCAAGCCAACAUCUACCGGAAGCUGGCUCGGCAUUUCAAUGUUGAUCCGAAGACGUUCAAGCCAGAAGCCUACGGCCUUCCGCCCCUUCAGCCCGAUGUGCGGAUCCCUCUGCCCGAAGGCGAGGAAAGAGAGCUGCUUGAAGAUUCUGAGCUAGCGAAGGAGGCCGAUGACGAGGAAGUUGAAGAUGACGCAGCCUCCAGGUCAAAAGGAGGCAAUCAUGAAGCUGCCCCUUAGGAAAUUCAUGUUUUCAAUCUCUUUGUAAUAGAUCAGCGCUUCAUCGGCUUCGGCCAUUUGUAAACAAACAUUUCUGCAACUCCCCAACAAUUAUCAUGAAUGUUCGCCUUCGGGUUUUGUUUUGUUAUAUGAAUGGUUGCCUUCAUUUUCGA